AUGAAUGUUAAAAAGCAGUUACGACCGCUUCCUGUAAGAUGUCCAAUCAACAACAUUUUUUUGAUAUGUUGGAAUGUUCAAAGAGGUCAUUGUAGCUAUCCAAAUUGUCAAUUCGCUCAUUGCAAAGAGGAAAAAGAGAUGUGGCAAUGGAUGAAUGAAAAUAAUAUGGCAGAUAUAUUCACGUUUGAAGAAAAAAUUGAUGCUGUUAAGAGAAAUGUGGUGACAUCAAGCACCUCUGCUAUCCGGUUUGCAUGGAACCUCCCUCAGCUUGUUUCUCAACCAGCAGCCAUCCCAAUGAAAGAGCAGUUCUAUUGCUUUUACUGCGAUAAAACGUUUAGUGGAAAAAAGCAGCAGAAAGAUCACAACAACAGUUUGAAACAUUUAGAAAACAUUCGAAGAGACGAUGACUUUCAAUGGAAUUUUAGAACACCACCCUUAACUUCUGUUUUUAAACUUUGCGAAAAGUCAAAUUUCUGUUUGUACUCUGGAGUUCCAAUGGAGUAUAACUUUUGCACUUCUGCUCACGGUCAGAAUGAACUUGAUGAGUGGCUUCUAAGACAGAAAUGGAAAAACAAAAAAUGGAAAAAAGCUGAGCAAGAUCAUUUAAUCUCUGUCGCAUGUGAACUGAAACAAGAAAUAAAAGCAGCCGAUGAGAUUACUGAAAUAGUAAUAAAUAUUUGUUAG